GAUGUUGCGUCGUACAAUGAAGUAUAGCUGGAGGGCUAGCUCCCAAUUGGCUGCUACUAAAGCUCCAGAAUCCACCUCUUACGUUCAGCAGGUUUCGGAUUCGGAAUGGGAAUCUGCAAAACCCUUUUCAGAAAUUCCCGGACCGACACGGUGGCAAUUAUUUCGAGGAUAUCAAAAGGGCGGUCAGUACCAUCAACUGGCAAUGGAUGAAUUGGUGGCACUAUACAGAAAGCAGUUCGGCGACAUAUGCUUGGUACCAGGAUUAUUCGGCAUGCCCUCAACUGUGUUUACAUUCAAUGCGGAAACCUUCGAGAGGGUUUAUCGGACCGAAGGACAGUGGCCCGUGAGACGUGGCGCCGAACCUGUCCUCCACUACCGCGAUAAAAGAAAGGAUGGCUUCUUCAAGGACGGCGUGGGCUUGUUCGAAAAUGGCCCCCAGUGGGCAAAGCUGCGGAGUGCAGUGAAUCCCAUCCUGAUGAAACAUGGGAAUGUGGCUGUUUACCUGAAGCCGAUGCAACGGGUAAAUCGUCAGUUUAUCGAUCGCAUCCGCCAGUUGCGCGAUAAGGAUUCCGAAGAAGUUCCCGGCGACUUUCAAAGUACCAUCAGCCAGCUGACCUUCGAGUCCGUAGCGACGGUGGCCCUAGACAAGGAAAUGGGACUCCUCCGGGAAACCAUUCAGCCGCCGGAGGCCAGGAAACUAUUCCAGAAUAUUGAGAUUCUAAUGGACUCGUUUUUUGUUCUAGGCGUCAAACCCUCAGUUUACAAGUAUAUUUCCACACCCACUUAUAGGAAGUUCAGUCGGGCCAUGGAUGAAAUCUUUGAUACCUGUUCGAAGUACGUGAAUGAGGCGAUAGAAAGGAUCGACAAUAAGACGGAGCAAGGUCAGGGCUCAAAGGAUCAUAAGAGCGUUCUGGAGCAGUUGCUGCAAAUCGAUAGGAAAUUUGCCACUGUUUUGGCCAUGGAUAUGCUGAUGGGAGGAGUGGAUACCACUGCCUCGGCCUUAGUGGGAUUAAUAUUAAACCUAGCCAAAAAUCCAGAGAAGCAGAAUAAGCUUAGGGAAGAAAUAUUAACCAAAUUGCCUUCAACAGAUAAAGAUUUCACUUUAGAGGAUAUGAAAUCACUGCCGUAUUUGAGGGCCUGCAUCAAGGAAUCGAUGCGUUUGUAUCCAGUCGCCUUUGCAAAUCUCCGAUCUGCCGGUACAGAUGUUGUUUUGAAUGGCUAUCGGAUCCCCAAGGGAACGGAUCUAAUUAUGAACAACACCUUUUUACUGAGAGAUGAGCGGUUAUAUCCCCAGGCUAACAAAUUUCUCCCAGAACGAUGGCUGCGUCGAAAAGAUGAAGAUGAUAUCCUGAUGAACAAGAAUUCCAAUCCUUUUAUCUACUUGCCCUUUGGUUUCGGACCACGCAUGUGCGUCGGCAAGAGAAUAGUGGAUCUAGAGCUUGAAUUAACAGCGUCCAACUUGGUGCGAAAUUUCCAGAUAGAAUAUAAUUACCCCACGGACAAGCCAUUUAAGUGCUCAUUCCUGUAUACGCCUAAUAUUCCCCUUAAUUUUAAGUUUAGCGAUGUCAAAUAUUAAAACAGAUAUUUCUAAAUAAAGCAUAUUGAUUAUUA